GGGGACAGUACGGUGGACGUUGUCGUACAGUAUCUGGCGGCACAUUUUUAUUUUAUGUGGAAAGAUGAACGACAUGGAAAGGAGUUCUCUCUUUUUAGCACUAUGCUGAGAUCCCGGGCAGCCUUCCCACCAUGCUGGAACUGGGCUCCUCUUCGGUCAGCUCUCAGUCUCUGACAGGGGAUCACAAUGCUUUGGGGCUACCGAGAGCCCCAUCAGGGGAGGAGUGUUCAGAAGGUGGUCUGGACAUGGGGGCGAUGUGUGGUAGCAACACCCCGAGGCCCCACAUCCUUCACUCGUCCACAACGGACAGUGAGAACUGGCAGAAGCAUCGUGCAGGACUGGCCGCAGGGUCAAGCCUGUUGUCUGAGUCCCACUCCUUCCUGGAGCCCCAAAGUCUCUCAACCAGCUAUGACACCCUCUACCUCCCACACAUGUCUGGCCAUGCUGCCCUUCUACAUCCGAACCGGCUCGGCCUCUGUCUUGACGUGGCCUCGACUUUGGACGUUGGAGCAGGAAUGUUAGGGGUGGAUGGAGAUUUGGCGGUCAGUCCCAAUGUGAUGAAGCGACGCCGGGGCGGCCUGAUAGAGCAGAAGGACAUUGUCAAAGCCCACCAGGCGCAUAAGAUUCACAGCACACCACAGGCACGACGGAAGGAGUGGGAAAUGGCCCGGUUUGGAGACGACGUCCCGGGCUUGUUGAGCCCGGGUGAUGGAGGGUCCGAGCGCAACCGGAACCGCGAUGGGGCGGCUAUGUCCACAGGUGGCAUCUCCCCUGCCUUCAAGCAGACCAAAGCGCAGCGUGCCCGCACCAUGGCCUUGUACAACCCCAUCCCGGUCAGGGAGAACUGCUUCACCGUCAACAGGUCCCUCUUCAUCUUUGGCGAGGACAACGUGGUCAGGAAGUACGCCAAGAAAGUCAUUGAGUGGCCUCCAUUUGAGUACAUGAUCCUCACCACCAUCAUCGCCAACUGCAUCGUCUUGGCUCUGGAGCAGCACCUUCCUGGAGAGGACAAAACCCCCAUGUCGAAGAGACUCGAGAAGACGGAGCCAUACUUCAUUGGGAUGUUCUGUUUGGAGGCUGGGAUCAAGAUCAUCGCCCUGGGCUUUGUAUUCCAUAAAGGGUCCUACCUCAGGAAUGGAUGGAACGUCAUGGACUUCAUUGUGGUCCUCAGUGGGAUCCUGGCCGCUGCAGGGGCACAUAUGAACAUCUCAGUGGACCUGAGGACGCUGAGGGCGGUGCGAGUGCUGCGACCCCUCAAACUGGUCUCAGGCAUCCCGAGUCUGCAGAUAGUCUUGAAGUCGAUAAUGAAGGCCAUGGUUCCUCUGCUGCAGAUCGGCCUGCUGCUCUUUUUUGCAAUCCUCAUGUUCGCCAUCAUCGGCCUGGAGUUUUACAGCGGCAAACUGCACUACACCUGCACGGCGCAGCCUGGACUACUGGAAAAUGAGACGGUGGACUCCUCCGAGUAUGAGGUCCCGUGUGGCGUACGUCGGUGUCCGGCCAAAUACACUUGCAGCGAUACUUGGAUUGGCCCGAAUGACGGCAUCACUCAGUUUGAUAACAUCCUGUUUGCUGUUCUCACCGUCUUCCAGUGCAUCACCAUGGAGGGAUGGACCACCGUACUCUACAAUACCGACGAUGCCUUGGGCCCCAACUGGAACUGGCUCUACUUCGUCCCUCUCAUCAUCAUCGGCUCUUUCUUUGUCCUGAAUCUUGUGCUGGGAGUCCUCUCUGGCGAAUUUGCAAAGGAGAGGGAGAGGGUGGAAAACCGCAGGGCCUUCAUGAAACUGAGACGCCAACAGCAGAUUGAGAGAGAGCUCAACGGCUACCGGGCCUGGAUCGACAGAGCAGAGGAAGUGAUGCUCGCAGAGGAGAAUAAGAACUCAGGACCCUCAGCCCUCGACGCUCUCAGGAGCCUCCCAGAGUGGAGUACAGGUGGUGCCUAUGUGUUGAAGAGAGCCACCACCAUCAAGAGGAGAGGGAUGGAUGGGGUGCAUCGAGGGCAACCCGGGGAGGAGCAAUAUGGCGACAUGGGCAUCCCCAUGGCCAGAGCGAGUAUCAGGAGUGCCAAGCGAGGUCCAACAGCAUUUUUCCGCCGCAAGGAGCGUCUCCUGCGCAUCUCCAUCCGCCGUGUGGUGAAGACACACACGUUCUACUGGACAGUGCUCGGCAUCGUGGCUCUCAACACGAUGUGUGUGGCCAUUGUUCACCACAACCAGCCUCUCUGGCUGUCCAACUUCCUCUACUAUGCAGAGUUCCUGUUCCUCGCUCUGUUUCUGACUGAGAUGUUUCUAAAGAUGUACAGCUUGGGACCGCGUCUCUACUUCCAUUCCUCCUUCAACUGCUUUGACUGCAGCGUGAUCGUUGGCAGCAUCUUUGAAGUGCUGUGGGGUUUCUUCAGGCCCGGCACUUCCUUCGGCAUCAGUGUCCUGCGUGCUCUCCGUCUGCUGAGGAUCUUCAAGAUCACCAAGUAUUGGGCGUCUCUGAGAAACUUGGUCGUCUCUCUGAUGAACUCCAUGAAGUCCAUCAUCUCCCUCAUCUUCCUCCUCUUCCUCUUCAUUCUCGUUUUCGCACUCCUUGGCAUGCAGCUCUUCGGUGGCAGGUUCAUCUUUGAAGACUACACCCCGACAAACUUUGACACUUUUCCUGCAGCCAUCAUGACAGUCUUUCAGAUCCUGACUGGAGAGGACUGGAACGAGGUGAUGUACAACGGUAUUCGCUCUCAAGGAGGAGUGAAGUCUGGCAUGUGGUCCUCCAUCUACUUUAUAGUGCUCACACUGUUUGGAAACUACACACUGCUGAAUGUCUUCUUGGCCAUUGCUGUGGAUAACCUUGCUAAUGCACAAGAACUUACGAAGGAUGAAGAGGAAGCCGAGGCAGCGUUCAACCAGAAGCACGCUCUCCAGAAGGCGAAGGAGGUCGGACCGUUGUCCUCCUUCAUGUCUUCAGACGGAAGCCGGAGGAGGCGGCCCUACCUGUACAGGAAAAGAGCCAUCCACCGCAGCCGGCCUACCUACUCCUGCUCCCUGGAGGAGGCCCAUGGCAGCAUCAGGGAGGGCCGCCCCCGCCCACCCCCACCACUCAACUCCUCUAACUCUUUCAUGUCCAGGAGAGAGAGAAGAAAAAGGAUGACCAUGUCCGUGUGGGAGCAGAGGACCAGCCAGCUGCGGCGACACCGCCAGAUGUCCAGCCGAGAGAUCCUGUUCAGUGGCCCCAGCGAGGAGAAGGACGGGACCCCUGUUUCAGCCCAGACCCAACAGGGACCUCCCCUGUCACUGCACCGCAAGGCCAUGGAGGCCACACAGACUGGGAGUUUGACAGACCCCUUAGACUCCCCAUCCAAGAACCAGGCUUCAGGCUCCUCCAUGUCGGUGGAUACGCCUCUGGAUGCCACCCUCUCUGGUGACGUAUCUGAACCCCCAGUGGUCCUGGAAACCGAGUUACUGAAUGCGACGAACGUUCCCCUUGCUGAUGUUUCUGUGUCUGUGGCCAUAUCAGAGCCUCCCGAAUCAGACUCCAUCACCGAGAGCGGAAAACUGAAUAAUCAGAGUCACAACACCGUCAGCAAGCGCCCGAGCCCCAGGUUGAAUGGCGAGCGACAACACCGGGCAGUAAAGAAGUUCAGACCACCAGAAAGCUUUGACACACUGACACCUGAGAUGGGCGGUCAUGGUGGGAUCAGGGGAAGGAGGGCGCCGCAUCACUGUGAUCAUCAGAGCGGGGCCAGAAGUCAGGGAUCAUCAUCAAAUGGAAGCCACUUGGCGAGUCGCUCGGUCAGCAGAGAGAGGAGGAGAAAUCCAGGGAAAGUAGAGGAGAAGGAGGCAGAGACUAAAAAGGAGGAAGAACUGUCCAAACCUGAUGAGAGCAGACGGAGUGACAUGAGUGAGAAAGGAGCCACCGAGCCACCAGACAACCAGAGCCACACUGGUGACCAGUGUCCUCAGACGCAGGAAGAACAUCCGCAGCAAUCAGACCCGUCUCCUCCUGUCACCCUAGAGAGCAACAAAGACGAGAAUGAGACAGACCAGGACCAGGAUCAGAUCCAGGACAAAUCUCAGCUCAGCUCCAGUGUAAUCAUCGAUGUGCCCAACGCUCAGUCAUCUCUGGAGCUCUCCACAAUUACAGUCAUCAGUAAGGACCCUGAAACCUGUAAAUCAGAGAGGGAGGAGGCAGAUGAGACAAAGCCAGUCGACCCUGUGAAUCCAGACAGCAUGUUCAUCUUCAAACCUGACAACCCGGUGCGCCGAGCGUGUCACUACGUGGUGAACCUCAGGUACUUUGAAAUGUCCAUCCUGCUGGUCAUAGCCGCUAGUAGUAUAGCACUGGCUGCUGAGGACCCUGUAGCCACCUCCUCUAACUGGAAUAAGGUUCUGCGGUAUUUUGAUUAUGUGUUCACCGGAGUCUUCACAUUUGAAAUGAUUAUGAAGAUGAUUGACCAGGGUCUGAUCCUCCAUGAUGGCGCCUACUUCAGAGACCUGUGGAACAUCCUCGACUUCAUCGUCGUGGUGGGAGCGUUGGUGGCCUUCGCCCUCUCCAAUGUGAUGGGAAACAACAAAGGGCGGGACAUUAAGACCAUCAAAUCUCUGAGAGUGUUGCGUGUCCUCAGACCACUGAAGACCAUCAAGAGACUUCCUAAACUCAAGGCGGUGUUUGACUGUGUGGUGACGUCUCUGAAAAACGUCUUCAACAUCCUGAUCGUCUAUAAGCUUUUUAUGUUCAUUUUUGCCGUCAUUGCCGUGCAGCUCUUCAAGGGAAAGUUUUUUUAUUGCAGCGACAGUUCGAAAGACACAGAGAAAGACUGCCAGGGUUACUACAUAGACUACAGUAAGGACAAGAAAGAGGUGAAGAGACGAGACUGGAAGAGACACGAGUUUCACUACGACAACGUCAUCUGGGCUCUCCUCACUCUCUUCACUGUUUCCACUGGAGAGGGAUGGCCUCAGGUUCUGCAGCACUCAGUGGACGUGACAGAGGAGGACAGAGGUCCGAGCCACGGCAACAGGAUGGAGAUGUCUAUCUUCUACGUCAUCUACUUCGUCGUCUUUCCUUUCUUCUUCGUCAACAUCUUUGUCGCUCUCAUCAUCAUCACUUUCCAGGAACAGGGUGACAAGAUGAUGGAGGAGUGCAGCCUGGAAAAAAACGAGAGGGCGUGUAUAGACUUUUCCAUCGGUGCCAAGCCUCUGACCCGGUACAUGCCCCAGAACCGGCACACGUUCCAGUACCGUCUGUGGCAUUUUGUGGUGUCGCCCUCUUUUGAGUACACCGUUCUGGCCAUGAUCGCUCUCAACACCAUUGUACUGAUGAUGAAGUAUUACUCUGCCCCGCCGGCAUACGAGGCCGUACUGAAGCACCUGAACACAGCUUUCACUGUUCUCUUCUCUGUUGAGUGCGUCCUCAAGAUCAUGGCCUUCGGCUUUCUGAACUACUUUCGAGACACGUGGAACAUUUUCGACUUCAUCACUGUGUUGGGCAGCAUCACAGAGAUUGUGGUGGACUUGCAGUUUGUUGAUACGUUCAACAUGAGUUUCUUGAAGCUGUUCAGAGCAGCUCGUCUGAUCAAACUGCUCAGACAAGGUUACACCAUCCGGAUUCUUCUGUGGACCUUCGUCCAGUCCUUCAAGGCUUUACCCUACGUGUGCCUGCUCAUCGCCAUGCUCUUCUUCAUCUACGCCAUCAUUGGCAUGCAGGUGUUUGGGAACAUUAAGCUGAACGAGGAGACUCACAUUACGCAGCACAACAACUUCAAGAGCUUCUCUGGUGCUCUGAUGCUGCUGUUCAGGAGUGCCACAGGGGAGUCAUGGCAGGAGAUCAUGUUGUCUUGUCUCGGGGGACAAAAGUGUGAGACAGACACCUCGCUUUCCUCAGCCGUACCCACGUCCGACCAGGAGGGGGGCUGUGGCUCCGACUUUGCUUAUUUCUACUUUGUCUCGUUCAUCUUCUUCAGCUCCUUCCUGAUGCUGAACCUGUUUGUGGCUGUGAUCAUGGAUAACUUUGAGUAUCUGACCAGAGACUCCUCCAUCUUAGGUCCUCACCACCUGGAUGAGUUUGUCCGGAUCUGGGGGGAGUAUGACCGCGCUGCAAGUGGUCGUAUCCAUUACACUGACAUGUAUGAGAUGUUGACCAACAUGUCGCCACCUCUAGGCCUGGGCAAGAAAUGCCCCUCCAAGUUGGCAUAUAAGAGACUCGUCCUGAUGAACAUGCCCGUGGACGAUGACAUGUCCGUUCACUUCACCUCCACCCUCAUGGCCCUCAUCCGCACCGCCCUGGAGAUCAAGAUAGCCAGAGGAGAGGAGGAUAGAAAUCAGAUGGACCUGGACCUGCAGAAGGAGAUCGGUGUCAUCUGGCCUCAUCUCUCUCAGAAGACGUUAGAUCUGCUGGUUCCCAUUCACAAAGCCAGUGACAUGACUAUUGGGAAGAUCUAUGCCGCCAUGAUGAUCAUGGACUACUACAAGCAGAGCAAGGCCAAGAAGCUCCGACAGCAACUGGAGGAACAGAAACAUGCGCCGAUGUUCCAGCGUAUGGAUGCCUCCUCUCUGCCUCAAGAAAUCCUAUGCAAUGCCAAAUCCCUUUCAUUCCUCAGACACAGCGCCGGAUCUGCUCUAACCAGAGGAGGUUUCUUGGCACUUAGCCCCAUCUCUCCACAAGAGAUGUUCCUGCAGCCGCUGUCCCGCUCCAGGGAGGAGAAGGAAGAAGAGGAGGACAACGACGACAACUACCGCUCACCCUACCACCCAUACCACCACCCACACCCCCACCACCAUCAUUUACACACACUGGUACCAGAAGUCUUGGGGUAUAACCAAGUGAUGCAGCAGGCCAGGCAGGACGCAACAGCUGUUAAAUCACCUCAGCGGACGGCAUCUAUCAGAGCGUCCUCCAUGCCCAGAUUGGCUGUUGAUCCACAGCCUGGGAUAUCAGCAGACAGUAAGCUGAUGAAGCGCUCCUUCUCGACCAUCGGAAACCAGUGUGUGAACGGCCUCUUGCAGGAGCAGCACUCUCUGGAGAGAGUCAGUCCUGACGGCACAUACCGGCCUCGCCAGAGGAGCUACAGAGGUCCUCGAAUAAACCACGGAGAAACAAGUAGUCACGAGAGAGGGCGAUCUAAGGAACGGCGUCACCUGCUGUCUCCGGACGUGUCCCGCUGCAACUCUGAGGAGCGCAGCCGCGAACCAUCGUGUGAACGGAGACGGUCACGUUCUCCUAGCGAAGGGCGCACACAAACCUUACAGAGACAGGUGAACACAUCAGGCAGCCCGGCCCAUUCCGCCUCAGUGUCUGGUACUCCUCGUAAUCGCCGCCAGCUGCCGCAGACACCGUCUCGCCCGCGACCGUACAUCUCCUAUUCCCCUCUGGUCUGCCAAGCCCACACCUCUCCCACACCAGCAGCCCCCUCUGAGGAUCAGACCCAGCCUCAGGAUGGCGCCGGUAGCUCCACGGGGACCGCGUGGAAGGCUGACAAGGAGGGCGGCCCCCUAAUUGCACCUCAGGGGUCAACCGGCGGUCAGGUUUCAGGACCUAGCAACCCAUCUCCUCAUCGCUACAUCUCUGAGCCCUACCUACCGUUCCACGAGGGCGUCAGCAGCAGGGUGGCAGGCGACGGGCAGGAUACCCUUACUUUUGAGACUGCCGUGGCAACCAGCCUGGGACGGGCCAAUGCUAUAUGCUCCGCUCCUCAGCUCAGACACUCCUGGCAGGUUCCUAACGGGCAUUACCGGAAGCACUUGGGCCAAGCGGGUCCAGCUGGAGCCAGCGAGCUGCUAAGUGACCCAGAUGAGGACGACCGCUGCUAA